AUGAAUUCUAUUUGUGAAAAGAGUCUAUACUAUCGCUGCUCAUGCAAAACGAAUUAUCAUUUACCACUCAUAUUACCAUUAUAUGAUGGUCACUGCCACAUUGACUUAUUUUUCAAAUAUGGAUUCAAUGAAACUGAUUUAUAUAAUCAAUUGUCUAACGGAAGACAAAUUAUAUUCGUUGAUAAUCGUCAUCAUUACAAUAGAUGGUUUAUUAAUUAUGAAUUGAAAAGUCCAAAUACGAAAAUAUACACAACAUAUGGUAUACAUCCAAAAUAUAUUCCAUCAAAUCCACAAUAUAUUUUUGAACAAUUGGAAAACAUUUUUAAACAUCAAUAUAACUUAAGUACCAAAACAGUAGGAAUUGGUGAAUGUGGUCUAGAUGAUACAAGCAGUUAUUCGUAUGAUCUACAAUUACGUAUUUUUCGAUUUCAAUUGGUAUUAGCAGCAAAAUAUCAAUUACCACUCGUUCUUCGUGGCCGUGGGAAUCAUUCGUUUGGUCUGAUGUUACAGGAAUUGAAGCAACAUUUGAAUCCAAUGCACAAGAUUCAUUGGCAUUGUGUUAAUGCAAAAAGCGAUUUAAAAAUUAUAUCAAAUUUUUUAAAACAUUUUCAUAAUUCAUUCAUUGGUUUAAAUGGUUCUCUCAAAUCACAAAACGAUGUUGAAUCUCAGAAAAUUUUUCACAAAUGGUUACUUGUUCAAGAAAAUAUUUUAUCGAAGAUCAUCAUUGAGACAGAUUAUCCUUUUUUAAAGCCGUACGCAUUACAAGAAACACAACAUAAUCCUAUUACUUCCAUAGCUUAUACAGCACAACAAAUUGUAAAUAUAUUACGAAAAAAAAAUAUCAACACAACCAAAGUUAUUGAUCAAUCAAACAACAAUAUUAGACAAAUGUACGAUAUCGAUUGA